GACGCCAAGGCUACAUAUGGUAUGCUUCAGGGUGCCGACCCUCGCAUCGCACCUCUCCGACGAGCAUUGGCCGUUUGGGGCUUGAAUGCCGAUGACAUUGGCGUGAUUUCUAUCCACGGUACCAGCACUAAGGCUAAUGACAAGAACGAGUCGCAUGUGUACAAUGACAUCUUCAAAACUUUACAACGUACCCCCGGUCAUCCCAAGGGAGGAGCCGCAGCUUGGAUGCUUAUAGGUCUUACGCAAAGUAUCAACACUGGCAUCGUCCCCGGAAACCGAAACGCCGAUAACAUCGAUUCUCAACUCCGACAAUUCGAGUUCUUGAUGUAUCCGUCAAAGACUAUCCGCACCGAUGGUAUUCGUGCCGGUUUGAUG